GUAUAUAUUGCACUGUAAUACUGACAUUACACAAGUAUUGGGCAAAGGUUUGGGGCAAAGUGUUUUAACGUAAUCCAAAUCAGCACUGAGUGUCAUGUCUCUUUAAUGUUACUGUCACCUCUGACUAUUUAAAAAAAAAAAAAAGCCUCUCAGUUGACGCUGACGUUAAUUUUCGCGCGCGGUCCAUGUUUCGUUCAGGCUCUUCUGCUGGCACUGGAUUCUGCUAUAGCUGGUUGGGUUUGACAGAAAAUAUCAAAACAAAACUACUCCGCUGCUGGAAAUGAUCUCCACUCGUAUUUGGAAGUUAAAACGCUAUGGGCGUUUCAUCCCUGGCUCCAAGGAAACAGGUGUAACACCGUGGAAGGUACUUGAGGCAAAGGACAACAAACCUGAAAUUGUCCUCACAAUUGUGGAAUCUGGACACUUGCUGGUCUUGCAGGGACAAGAAAGCUUGACAAAAGGGUUCAAUGAAGGCCAUAUGAAAUAUUCUGUUGAAGAGCUUGACAUUUCUGCCCAAAUGUGA